AUGAACCACGAUGGGUAUUUCCCACAAACGAUGGACCUGCUCGGCGCCCUAGAUGAACCGUCAACUACGUCCACUAAGAGUGCCAAAGAAGAAUCUGCGCUGUCGGUUAUUCCGAAUGAGGUGCUGGUGGAGGUCUUCACGCACUGCCUGCCGCCAUACCCGGCAUGUCCGCCCUUGUACGGCGCCUACUCGCCGACGCAGCUCACCCAUGUCUGUCGUCUCUGGCGCGACCUGGCAACCGCGACUCCGGCACUGUGGCGCGCAAUCAGUCUCGACCUGAUCCCCAAUGGCUCACCCGUGGACGAGCCUCUCGCGGAGAAACUUCUCGGUACUGCGGAGACAUGGCUGCGCCGCUCAGGCACGCUGUCGCUGUCAGUUGUCCUGCGCUGUCGAUGGGACCAGCACCCCGAGCCCCUGGCCGUCGCCAGCCUUGCGCUGAGCGCCUUUCUCGCGCAUCACGAGCGCUGGGAGUACGCCGAGCUAAGGGUUCCGCCCAGUCCCGAUGUCUCUCAGGACCCAGCAGAGAACGCCGACAUUCACAGGGCAAUGCCGCGCCUCGUUUGCCUCCGGCUAACCGCAAGUUACCUUGGGUCCGAGGCCGUGCUGGGGCACAUCCACGCGCCAAAGCUACGCACGCUGUACGCACGCGCGAGCAACGACGCGUUCUACUUCUGGCUCUUCGACCCGCCCACGUGGCAGCGGCUCACGUGCCUGAAGCUGAAGGACCUCCCGCCCGACUACGCCGCACAGAUCCUCGCCCAGGCCACCGGUCUCGUGCACUGCUGGCUCCGCAUCUGGGACAGCGAGGCUGCGCCCGUUUCCGAGCGCAUCCACCUCCCGCAUCUGCAGACAUUUGUCAUCACCGCCCACCAGCGCCGCACGAUGACGGAGCUGUUGGAUGCACUCGUCUUGCCCUCCAUCAAGCGCCUUGCGAUCCGCGAGGCCUUCCUCGGCGCGCUCGCCGCCGCCGGCCCGCAGAAGAACGCCUUCGUCCCUGCCUUGGCCCAUCUUUUCUCCCGCUGGGGAUCCAGCCUGGCCCGCCUUGCCGUGCUCGACUGCGAGCUCAUCGAAGUCGCAGCAGCGGGCGCCAAGGAGCCAUUUUUGCAGGCGUUUCCAUCGCUGGUAGAUGUGGAGCUCUUUCUCGAGGACGAGGAGCGAAGCGUGCUGCCAUUCGUGGCGGUGGGCGAUGCUUGGGAUGAUAAUUGGCCGCUGCCGUCGCACGAUUGA